AUGUCUGAUAAAAUUUUACAGCUUAUCGGUGUUCAAAGAUUACCUGAUCACAUGUCGAUGAUGCAAGAAGCAGCGGCACUGACGCGCAAGCGCGUGGCAGAGCAAAUGGAGGAAAUGCCUAAGCGCAUGAAAGCUGAGGUGAAAGAAAGUUUCACUUUAACAGAGAUGCUCUCCCGAAAGGCAACAACAGAGCCGCAGAUGCCGGUGUCACAAAAUUCAGACAACUCGACCGAUUCGUUAGCGAGAUUUGCAACCCAGCAAAAAGUCACGCGAUCGUCAAAAAGCGAUUCUUUGUCACGAACGAACCAGCCGAAGGCUCAAGAACAAGAAAGCAGCAGCACGAUGGAGCAAGGCGGUACGGUGUUUGUGCUGUCGAAAAAGCGCCAUGUCACGGUGCGCAAAUGGAAGACUAUGACGUUCGUAGACAUUCGCGAAUUUUAUGAUAAUAAUGGUGAAGCCAAACCCGGCAAGAGAGGCAUCUCGCUCUCGCUGGAUCAAUGGGAGAAGCUUUAUGGCUAUUUAGACGCAAUUUCCGAAGCAAUUAAGCUGGUGGAAGAAAAUACAGUUGACAAUAAGUCACUUUCUGGCAUAGAGGGUUGCAUUCUUCAGCCAAAUGGAGAUUUACGAGCUGUCGCGCUACCCCUUUCGCCAAAACGCCGUGUUACCAUCCGAUACUUCAACAAUGCUGUGCUUAUCGACCUCCGUGAGUACUAUGAUCAAGACGGCUUGGCAAAACCAGGAAAGAAGGGCAUUUCACUUUCCAAGGACCAAUGGAUUGCGCUGCGAAACACUGCUGACGAGAUUUUCCAAACGGUUGAUUUGCUGAAGCGUCCGCAUUCUUAG